AUGGCAGUCAUCGAAAUCCCAAUGGAGAUCGUGUUCCACCCCACUGUUAUCAAGAUCUACCCCGAAAUCCCACUGUUCCAUGCAACCUUUGGGGGUAUCCCGAUUCCUGUUCUGCCGGAUCACUUCGCCCUCUGUGCCGAAGUCGUGAACACUAUUAUCGAUUCCAAGAAUGCGACCUUGGAGGACUUGGCGAAGGACUUCCGUUCUCGCCUGUACCGCGAGUCCCAGAGUAAGCGCAUUGAGGUUAUGACAGAAAUCCUGCUCACCAAAGACAACCCGAAGGGCGGUGCGACUCCGACCAUCAAGCCAGCCCAGCUGAGGAACUACCUUCGUACCUCCGACGACAUCGAGGACCUUGAAAGGCUAGUGGGGAAGUUUGGAAAGACACAGCAGGAGCUUUCUGAGAAUGUCAACACUUUCCAGAAAUCAAUUGACGACCUCGCUAAGUCUGCCAACGACUCCAAGAACAUAUCCGACAACGUUCAAGAGAUCAAAACGCACAUGCAAUCCCUUGAGGUGCAGCUGAACAACGGCAGCUACCACAGGCGGUCCUCGCCCUCUCCGGAGCCCACAGUAGCCAAUCGUCACGUAGCUUCGGGAUCAUCGUCGCGCCCCAGGAAGACUACGGGAUACCAUUGA